AUGAACGGCACAGAGGCGACUGACGUCAACCGCUCCACCCCUAUCUACGCUAUCGGCACGAGCUUCAUCACGCAAUGGAAAUUACAAAAAUUCAAACAACGGACUUGCGUGCCAUCUUCUUCGUAUCCCGAAUGCCAGGGUUACCUGAUCUCCAAUAGCACGAACGACACCGAUCUUUAUUAUUACAAUACCACUAUAGAUACAGGUCUCAGUGGGGAUGGCACUUUGGAACCCGUGCUACCGCCAUUCCCACUUUGGUUGGCAGUCAUUUUUGCCACAUGCUUGGUGCUGGUUAUUCUCCUGACCGUCAGUGGAAACGUACUCGUUCUUUUGGCCUUCCUCGUGGACCGAACAAUACGACAACCUAGCAACUACUUCAUCGCUUCCCUUGCCGCUACUGAUUUACUCAUAGGUACUUUAUCACUUCCAUUCUACACAGAUUAUGUAUUAAAAGGAUACUGGCAUCUAGGCCCAUUACUCUGUGAUUUAUGGCUAUCAGUGGAUUACACAGUAUGCCUAGUAUCACAAUAUACUGUUUUACUAAUAACAGUCGACAGAUUUUGUAGCGUAAAGAUAGCAGCACGAUAUAGAGCGUGGAGAACGAAAAAUCGUGUCAUUUGGAUGGUUACUGUGACCUGGAUAAUACCAGCUUUAUUGUUCUUCACAACCAUUUUUGGUUGGGAACACUUUGUGGGCUAUAGGGAUUUACAGGAAGGUAUUUUUAAAACUGCUUACGAUAUGCAAAAGAAAAGCGAAGCGAAACAAAGGAAGAUGCAGUCGAUGGUCGCUUUAAGCGCUGGAGUAAUGUCUGGUAUGGCCGGGCGGGCUGCUGGUAUGGCGGGCUUACCAAAACCUACCAUUUCCAGUGAAGAUCAGGUGAAGGUAUCUGAAACCGAACAAAAAGAUUCCACAGCAAAAGGAUCUUUAGCUGCCCCAUUACUUAACUUAGGCGGAUCUUCAGAUUCUAAUUCUAGUCAAAAGUCAUCAGCUCACAAAAGUAGCGCUACGGCUACUGGUACAUCGACAACUGCUGAAUCUGAUGGAGACAAGAAAGAAGAUCAAGUAGAGGCAGAGAGAUCAAGUAGCCCGGCCUUUGAUUCCGAUGACGAGAGUACUACUCAAUGUAAUGUAAAAAAGCGACCAUCAGUGGCAAAUUUAGUGAUGCAAACCGGUGCAAUGCACUUACUAAACAAUAUGCGCUUAAACGGUGGCAUGCUAUUAAAAACUGACGUAAAACAGUCCCCAGUUCUUGAUAAGCUUGAUAAACCGAAAACAUCCUUGUCACAAAUAUCUGAGAAAAGCCUUCUAGAUACUGAGAACCCAGAUACAUUUCAAAGUAAUAGAUAUAUAUCAGCACCAGUUACCACAUCCUCCGCUAGUGUUAUAUCGCCAGAUUCUUCAGGACUUGCAACACCAUCUGAAAGAGAGGUAUCAACUACAAUUGCUCAAAGAAUCAUUCCCCCUCCAUCAGAAUUCAGAUGCAGCCCAACAGUGUCUGAAAGCCCACCAUCUCAUUCCGAAUCAUCUAGAACUAGAAUUAUUAAACUAAUAAGAGGCGACGGAAGUACUUACGAUGUGCUUGUAGGAAUGGAUGGUGCAGAUUUGAGAUAUAUGGAUGAGAGUUCAGUUAACGUACCUUCACCUACCAAUGAAAGCCCACCUUCGUCAAUCACCUUCCCCACAGCUACCGAACCAUCAUCUCCCCCGAUUAUUUCGGGUAAUGUAACAAACACUUCGUUAUUGCAGGCUGCUCUUAUACGAGCAACAGCUGAAGCUCAAGUGUCACAACCCAAAACUAAUGUAUCUCCUUCACCACCCGUUAAAGUUAAUACUGAGGUAAGUUUGACUCCAGGAGAACGACCCAAGCCCGUGAUAACCCUUGUCUCAUCAUCUUCCAAUAAUAAUGAAUCUCUGCCCCCUAAAGAAGUCGAAAAUAAAGCAGCCCCUAUGCGAUUAACACCAGGUGUAAGUAUGGCGAUCGAAAGUAGUGAAGUUUCAAGUCCAGCAGUCAGUGGUACUGGCCGUUCCGACUCCAAGAAGGAAUUCGUUAAAAACAUUGGCAAAAAAUUAAAAUCAAAACGUUCGAAACGCGACGGUUUAUUUCCAAGCAUUGGUAGACAGAAAUCCAAAUCGGAAAACAGGGCACGAAAAGCAUUUAGAACCAUAUCGUUCAUUUUAGGUGCUUUCGUCGUUUGCUGGACACCAUAUCAUAUUUUAGCUCUAGUGGAAGGUUUCUGUACUGACCCGCCUUGUAUUAACAAACAUAUUUAUAUGUUCUCUUACUUCUUAUGUUACGCUAAUAGUCCGAUCAAUCCGUUUUGCUAUGCGUUAGCGAAUCAGCAAUUCAAGAAGACUUUCACGAGACUCUUACGGGGCGAUUUCCACAUCACCUAG